GUGCAGCCAGAGCCCCGCCUCCUCAUUUGGGUUCUCGAGACUCCCGGGAAGCUGUUUGGGAAGCUCGGGGGUCGGCUGGGAAAGUAGAGGGAGCGCAGCUGGGGCGGGAGGACAGCGUUUGUGCCCGGAAGCGGGAGAGGAAGCGGGAAGUUCGUGGGAUCCCCGACCCCAGCGUCAGUGGGUGCGACCGGGCGGGCCCUCGGCCUUCCCGGCCCGUGGAGAGGGACUUCGGCCGCUGGCUCCCGGGGCGGCUGAGGCUGAGCACUGGUCCGGAGCAGGUGCCGGGUGCGGGCCGCGGUGUGCGGGACGGGAGCCUGGCGCGAGCGGCGGCGGGAGGAGAAAGCGCAUUUGUAACGCGGGCGACAACGUGCCCGAAAUCCCCGGACGGUGGGUCUGCAUCGAGACCCCGAGCUCUGGAGCUGGAAAAACCCGGAUGCCAUACUGCUGUUAACACAUGUGACACUGGAGACUUUGUCCCUACCUCAUAGAAUCCCAGCAUGAUGAUACAUGAAGGGUCUUCCGUGGUUAUCUACUUCUGAUUCUUUUGAAAGCUUUAAAGACAUUGGGCAUGAAAGGUUCAGUGAGUUUCCGGGGAUCCCUCGUUUGUGGCAGAGCCAGGAGGAAAACAGUUCCGUGCAUUCUUUCACAGCUGAGGCUUUACAGUUCUCUAUACUCUCCCAAGAUCCACAGAAAAUGAACACAUUUCAGGCGUCAGUGUCAUUCCAGGACGUGACUGUGGAAUUCAGCCAGGAGGAGUGGCAGCACCUGGGCCCUGUUGAGAGGACCCUGUACAGAGAUGUGAUGCUGGAGAACUACAGCCACCUCGUCUCAGUGGGGUACUGCUUUACAAAACCAGAACUGAUCUUCACAUUGGAACAAGGAGAAGAUCCAUGGUUAUUAGAGAAAGAGAAAGGAUUUCUAAGCAGGAACUCCCCAGAAGACUCCCAACCUGAUGAAAUCUCAGAGAAGAGCCCAGAAAAUCAAGGCAAACAUUUGUGGCAAGUUUUAUUCACCAGUAAAUUAUUGACUACAGAGCAAGAAAUUUCAGGAAAACCACAUAAUCGAGACAUAAACAUUUUUCCUGCAAGAAUGAUGCCUUGUAAAUGUGGCACUGCAGGGUCUGCUUGCCAGGGUCUCAGCCUGAUGGCCCCACACUGUCAGUAUUCAAAAGAAAAGGCUCAUGAGCAUAAUGUUUGUGACAAACGGUUCAUCAAUAUUAAGGAUGGCAGAACUAACACUCAAGAGAAAUCUUUCGCUUAUAGUAAAAUUGUGAAAACCCUCCGUCAUAAGGAGGAAGUUAUUCAACAUCAGACAAUUCAGACUUUGGGGCAAGAUUUUGAAUAUAAUGAAAGUAGAAAAGCUUUUCUUGAAAAGGCUGCCCUUGUUACAUCUAACAGUACCCACCCAAAAGGAAAAUCUUACAAUUUCAAUAAAUUUGGGGAAAACAAAUAUGAUAAAUCAACCUUUAUUAUUCCUCAGAACAUUCAUCCAGAGAAGAGUCACUAUGAGUUUAAUGAUACUGGAAAUUGUUUCUGUAGAAUCACUCACAAAACUCUCACAGGAGGGAAAUCCUUCAGCCAAAAGUCACACGUUAGAGAAUGUCAUAGAAUUCAUAUAGGAGUGAAACCCUUUGAAUAUGGAAAAAGUUUCAACCGUAAUUCAACCCUCCCAAUGCAUCAGAGAACUCAUGCAACAGAUAAAUACUCUGAUUAUCACCCAUGUACAGAGACAUUCAGCUACCAGUCAACUUUCAGUGUACAUCAGAAGGUUCACAUAAGGGCAAAACCCUAUGACUAUAAUGAAUGUGGGAAAUCCUGCUCUAUGAAUUCACGCUUGAUUUGGCCUCAGAAAAGUCACACAGGGGAGAAACCCUAUGAAUGUCGUGAAUGCGGGAAAGCCUUCAGUGAGAAGUCACGCCUAAGAAAACAUCAGAGAACUCACACGGGAGAGAAACCAUAUAAAUGUGAUGGAUGUGAGAAAGCUUUCAGUGCAAAGUCAGGCCUAAGAAUACACCAGAGAACCCACACAGGGGAGAAACCAUUCAAAUGUCAUGAAUGUGGGAAAUCUUUUAACUAUAAGUCAAUCCUCAUAGUGCAUCAGAGAACUCACACAGGGGAGAAACCUUUUGAAUGUAAUGAAUGUGGGAAAUCUUUCAGCCAUAUGUCGGGCCUAAGGAAUCAUCGAAGAACUCACACAGGGGAAAGACCAUAUAAAUGUGAUGAAUGUGGAAAGGCUUUCAAACUGAAGUCAGGCCUGAGGAAACAUCAUAGAACACACACAGGGGAGAAGCCCUACAAAUGUCAUCAGUGUGGAAAAGCUUUCGGUCAGAAAUCACAACUCAGAGGACAUCAUAGAAUUCACACAGGGGAAAAACCCUAUAAAUGUAAUCAUUGUGGGGAAGCUUUCAGUCAGAAAUCAAACCUCAGAGUACAUCACAGAACUCAUACUGGGGAGAAACCCUAUCAAUGUGAGGAGUGUGGAAAAACUUUCAGGCAGAAAUCAAAUCUCAGAGGGCAUCAGAGAACUCACACUGGGGAGAAGCCCUAUAAAUGUAAUGAAUGUGGAAAAGCUUUCAGUGAGAAGUCAGUCCUAAGAAAACAUCAGCGAACUCACACUGGGGAGAAACCAUAUAAUUGUAAUCAGUGUGGGGAAGCUUUCAGUCAGAAAUCCAAUCUCAGAGUACAUCAGAGAAUUCACACAGGGGAGAAACCCUAUAAAUGUGAUAAAUGUGGGAGAACUUUCAGUCAAAAAUCAAGCCUUAGAGAACAUCAGAAAGCCCACCCAGGGGAUUAAACGUAUGCAUAUAAAGAAUAUGAAAAAACUCUGAGCUGGAAAUCAAACCUCACAAUACAUAAAUGAACACACAGGAGAGAACUGUUAACAUAGUGAGCACUGGAAUUUCCUCUACAAUUUCAGCCUCCACCAAAUAUCAAAGAAUAGAAGAUAAAUUGUUGAAAUCUAUUUUAUAUGGGCAUUCUUUCAGCCAGAGCGCAGUCUUCUAUGGAUAUUACAGAACUCACACAGCAAAGAAACCCUAUAAAGAUAAUGAAUAUGGAAAAUACUCUUGUGAACUCACUCCUCAGAAAACUCAUGCUGCAGCAAAGCUCUGAGAAAGUAAUAAAAAUGUGAAAACUUCGUGCCAACAAUCAAAACUCAUUCACCAUCAGAGAAAUCACACAAUGACAAAAGCUAGAAUAUAAUAAGUGUAUGAUAAACUUUAAUGAAAAGUCAGUACAGCAGAAAAUACAUUCAAGAUAGAGACCUCAUAGUAUAUUAAAACAAACAAGAAAUGAAGUUAAUGGAUGUGGGAAAUUCUUCUGCCAUGUCAGCCCUCAUUUUAACUUACACAGAGGUAAUCCCUAUAUGUCAUAUAAUAACUAUUGAAAUGUUCACUAGUAAUCAUUUUCACUUCUCCCUCAUGCCACACCUGGCCUGAAUUUCUCAACCAUUCUCAUCUAAAUGGUGUCAUAUUGUUACCCUCUAGCUAGUGGAAUAUGGAGGUCAAUGACAGGUCUUAAAUACAUCAGUCAAAUUCUCAAUAUUUUCUUCUAUCCCUCAUUAGAAUGGAAUGGAGGAAAACCUUGGGACUCAGGCUCUGAUGAUAGAAAGUACAAGAUGGUAGGAACCUGGGUCAGAGAAGGACCCUGUGGCAUGGAGUUUUCUCCUCCAUGUACACAGUUGGACUUUUUGCAGUGAGGAAAUAAAUGUGUUCUCUGCUGAACUUCUAAAGGUUUGGGUAUACUUGGUACUGACAGAAACUCAACAACCCUCACAUAAUAAAACUUACGAGUAUGAUUUUUCAGGACAUCUGAACUCAGUGUAUGUCAGAAAAGUCACAUAGGACAAACCUCGGACAGCAUCCUGAAUGACCAUGGCUUUUAUCCCCAAAGUCUUCCUCAUCAGACAGGUAAUAUCAUAAGAAAUCUGACAUUUUAACAAAUGUAGGAAAUUCUUCACACACACAGACACACACUCACACGUACACACCCAAAAUAUCAUUAAAUGUAUGAUAAUUUAGUUUUGAAUGUGUAAAAGUUUUCAAAAAAUUAUCAUAUUUUAUAUCAGAGCUUGUUACAAGGAGAAAAUCUAUCAAUUUGAGAAAGGUAAGUAAUAGCCUUUAUCUAGAUAUUGCUUUAUCAGAACUGUUGUUUCAUAUAUAAUAUCAAAACUUUUAAUGAAACAUAAGACAUUCACUAUAAUAAAAAGCUUAAAAAGAACAAAAAACUGCAUAAACUGAAAAGCAGUGUUGCAAAUAUGUGAAUGUUUUGUGAGUUAUUGAUUGUUUAUGUAUGUAUAUGUGCAUGGUACUUACCAGGUAUUUGUUUUAUGUUUCUUAGACCUCAACAUUGCUGUAAGAGAAUUGUGUUCCCCUUGCUUUAUAACUACUUUUACAUAGCUACAAUUUGCCACAUGAAUAUUAAUAACAAACCUUUUACAGAAAAUACCUGAUAUCACAUUCCCUUUCUCCUGCUGCCUUCUAACAUGUCUGUCUAGUAAAGGCUGUUGUUACUAAACUGCCUCUUUUCAAAGAAGCCAGUGUCAACCAAUACAUUUCUCUCUGUUUUUUUCUAUGUGUGUCUCUCACACACAAAUACACAAGCAAAUAUAUAUAUAUAUAUAUAUCUUUAACAUCACUGAUUCUUUCCUAGCAGUGUUGAGUAUAAUAAUGGACCCUUGGAAGGCAUUCUUCAUUUAUGGUACUGUGUUUCAUUUUUAGCAUUUUAAUUUUAUUACAGUUUUUAUCUCUGUGCCACAGUUACCUACCUGAUACUGCGUGUUGUCUAGUUUUCCCACUGGAGUCACUUUAUAUGGCAUUUGGCAUCCUUUCUCUCAGUUAAAAAACUGCUUGGAUCUUUGUUUCUCUCUACAACCACCUAGUUUUCCAGAUAGCUUUUUUGCUCUGUGGCUUCAGAUAUCUAGUGCAUUGAAGAAAAGUUAAAGUCUUCCCAACUAUUUUCUUGUUUUAUGAAUAGAAGCAGUGCUCUUGCCUGCUCUCUAUUUCUCUGAGUUGUAACUGAACAUCAUCAGUUGUUUUUUGACAAAUGUUCCAGGGUAAUUUGAUGGGAAAAUGAUGAUUGUUUUCAAAAAUGAUGCUGCUGGGCGCGGUGGCUCACACCUGUAAUCCCAGCACUUUGGGAGGCCGAGGCGGGUGGAUCACAAGGUCAGGAGAUUGAGACCAUCCUGGCUAACAUGGUGAAAACCCAUCUCUACUAAAAAUACAAAAAAUUAGCCAGGCGUGGUGGCGGGCACCUGUAGUCCCAGCUGCUGGGAAGGCUGAGGCAAGAGAAUGGCGUGAACCCGGGAGGCAGAGCUUGCAGUGAGCUGAGAUCGCUCCACUGCACUCCAGCCUGGGCGACAGAGCAAGACUCUGUCUCAAAAAAAAAAAAAAAUGAUGCUAAGAUAAUUGUAAUUACUCCAUUCUCACACUGGUAUGAAGAAAUCCCCAAGACUGGGUAACUUGUAAAGGAAAAAGGUUUAAUUGACUCACAGUUCUGCAUGGCUGGGGAGGCCUCAGGAAACUUAUCAUCAUGGCAGAAGGCAAAGAAGCAGGCACCUUUUUUACAGGGCAGCGGAGUGAGUGCAGCAGGGCAAAUGCCAGAAUGCUAUAAAACCAUCAGAUCUCAUGAGACUCAGUCGCCAUCACAAGAACAGCAUGGGGAAAACUGUCCCCCAUGAUCAGUUACCUCCAGCUGGUCCUACCCUUAACAUGUGGGGAUUAUGGGGAUUACAAUUCAAGAUGAGAUUUUGGGUGGGGACACAGGCAAACUCUAUCAAUAAUGAUACUUAUAUAUUGUAAAUGCAACUUGAUCUUUACAACAUAAUUUAAAACUUAAAUCACAGAUCCAAACAAAAUCGCUAAAAGUACAAAAUUUACGAUAGAAAACAAAAGAAACUGACCGGAUGUGGUGGCUCACCUGUGUAAUCCCAGCACUUUGGGAAGCCAAGGCAGGAGAAUUGCUUGAAGCCAGGAGUUCAAGACCAUCCUGCACAACAUAAUGAGACCCUAUCUCUACAAAAAAUAAAAUUAACCAAGCAUAAUGGCACAUGCCUGUAGUCCUAGUCCUAGCUACUUGGGAGGCUGAGGUGGGAUUGCUUGUGCCCAGGAAUUUGAGGCUGUGGUGAACUGUGAUCAUGCCACUGUACUUCAGCCUGGGUGACCGAGCAAGACUUUCUGUCUCUUAAAAAAAAAAAAUGUUUAUAAUACAGAAAAGGCAGCUAUAAUGGACCAAAAAAAGGGAAAACAUUAAAAUAGAUAUUUCACUAAAAAUAUAUAAUUAGCCAAUAAAUACUAGAAACAAUGUCCAAAGCUUUGGUCAGCAAGAAAGUGCAUGUUCGUGUGAUAGCAAUACAAAUCCAUUUCAUAGUUCCUUAUAAAGAUAACAAUACUUUACCUACAACCAGCAAUUUUCAUUCUAGGCAUUUACCCCAGAGAAAGAUAAGAAUUCUAUGCAAAUGUUCAUAGAAUCUUUACUCAUAAUAACCCCAAAUUGUAAAUAAUUGGGUUAUUAACAGAAAAAUAUAUAAACAGUAAUAUUACCAUAUAAUGGAAUAGAGCUGUACAAGGAAGAAACUGCAAAUGCAUGCAGCAACACUGAUAAAUCUUCAGAUUGUGCAGAGCAAAAGAAGCCAGGCACAAGAGGGUAGAGCUGUAUUAUAUCCUAUUUAUAUAAAGUUCUAGGAAAGACAUCAAGUCUAGAGGGAUAGAAAGAAAGUGGACCAUUCAUUGCCAAAGGCUGGGGGCAGCGGGGUGUGAGGAUACACUGGUUAGAGGAAUAGAGAAAUGUUUUUAUUAUGAUGGAAUGUUCCAUAUAUAAAUGGUGGUGAUCUUUACAGAGCUGUGUAAGUUUUUAGAACCCAUCAAAAUAUACUAAAAAUUUGUCUACUUUGCAUAAAGUAUACGUCUAUACAGUUAACUUGUAAAAUAAUAAAAGUGAGUUUAGGGUCCCCAGUACGUUAUGAGACCCAGCAGAUUCUCAAUUUACUAAAUGGCUUAUUGACAUCACUAGAUUAUUCAUUCCCUUUCUUCCCAUAUGGUUGUGACCUUGGAAAGUCAGUUCUCCCUUAAUAUGUCUCAGUCUCCUCAUCACCAUAAUGAUGGUAAUUACCUACAGUCCUUUCUGAAAGAAUUGUCUGAGUUCAUCUGUGUCCGUUCCUUAAUACGUGGCACAGAAUAAGUGAGCAAUAGGUAAUAGUUAUUACCAUUACAUAUUUUACCAGUAUUAUUAAAAAUCAAAGGCCUGUGUUCCUUAAAAGAGCCUCAAGAAAGAUUAUAACUCACAAAACAAAAAGAUAAAUUAGGCCUAAAGGAGAUUCAGCCAUGAUGUGAUGGGGGUGUGUGAGUUCCUUAUACUAUAGUAACAUCAGUUUUUCUUUAACUCUCUGAUGAGACCGUUUCUGAAAAUUUUAAAACCUUGAGCCUUUUUUUCUGUCAACUGGCUGACAUGACUUAGCCCAGUUUGUAAGUGUUGAGUUCCCAAUAAAUUGCUUUUCCACAAAAAGCUCCUGCAUGACUUCAUGCACCCCCAGCCUUCCUCUCCUGGAAGUUUUAAGAAUCCAGAACUAAGCUGGAGUACUUUCAACCUUGGGUUUUUUUGUUACAUUCCAGGAGAGAAGUUACACACCAGAUAUGUAAAUACUCUAGAGAAAAAUCAUUUCAGGUAUUGAAGGAUAGCACACACCCACCCCUUAGCUUUUUUCAGCAUAUAAUGGCCACUCUUGCCUUGAGUUCUGUUUCCCGUUUACACUGGAGGUGAUUUCAGUUGUGUCCCAUGAUGCAUUUUACACAGGAACUGCAUUCUGAGUUAUCUAGGCAGUAGAAUCACAUCACAACAACUUCUAAAAGAAAAGAGAAUUCAGAGACUGGCAGUUGAGUUGGCCCUCAUCAUGGGCAAAAAGAAUGAAGUUUCCAUUAGCUAUGGUUUGAAUGUGUCCCGCCAAAGUUCAUAUGUUGGAAACUUAAUUCCUAUUGCAACAGCGCUCAGAUGUGGAACCUUAAAGAGGCGAUUAGGUCAUGAGUGCUCUGCCAUCAUGAAUGGAUUAAUUUCUCUAUCACAUGAGUGGGUUCAUUAUCAAGACAGUGACUUUGUUAUAAAAGCAAGUUCAGCCCUCUCAUGCUCUCUCAUGGGCACUCUCUCACAUGUGAUGCCUUCUGCCAUGUUAUGACAUAGCAAGAAGUCUCUCACCACAUGUGGCCCCUUGAUCUUGGAUUUUCCAGCCUCUCAAAGUGUUUUAAAAAAAAAAAAAAAAACUUUUAUUCUUUAUAAGCUACCCAGUUUCUGGUGUUCUGUUAAAACAGCACAAAAUGGACUAAAACAGCAUUCUUCACACAUGUCAGGACCUGAAAAAAAAAACAUCAUUUCAAGUAGUAAAGGGAACCCUGCCAGUGUGUAGAGUUCAUGGGGGCAUGACUUGGGCCAGGUUUUGAGAAUUCAUCUUCUGGGUUAGUGUAGAAUUUUAACAAGGAUUCUGAGAGGAGACUGACCUCAUAGAGGCCAUUCCAUAUUCCAAAGGGGAACAUUUUUAUCAGUGAUAAGGAUAUGACAGUACUGGUGAGGUGAGGUGAAGUUGAGCUGAGUGAUGACACAUAGGCAAUAUUUCAUUUGGUAGUAUAAUUUCUUUUCAUAUCAAAAUUACUGGAACAGGACAGAAGACAGACAAUAGUCACAACGUAUAGGAAAACAAAUACUGAAGUUUAUAUAUAAGUAUAUAACAAAACCAUUAAGUUGCCAUCAGUUUAAACUGCCAAACCUUUUUCCCUCACUAAUACUUUAUAUACACAUCUUUUUAAUGGGGAGUAGGGGCUCAGCUCAUUUUUCCAUUUGCAUCAUAUGCUUUGGUAACAUCCUUGGAAAAAGCAAAAUUGAGUGUUCACAUCACCAUAAGAGGAUGAAUAAUGUGUGAUGCUGGGACUGCAGGCCAAGUGCUUGUCUUCCAGAAGCACCAUGCCCCCCAAAAGUCCUGGGCAAGAUGUGCUUGGCACGGAUAACAUAAAGAUUGAUGUCUUCAACAUUUAUGCAGCCAAAAAACACAUGAAAAAAUGCUCAUCAUCACUGGCCAUCAGAGAAAUGCAAAUCAAAACCACAGUGAGAUACCAUCUCACACCAGUUAGAAUGGCCAUCAUUAAAAAAUCAGGAAACAACAGGUGCUGGAGAGGAUGUGGAGAAAUAGGAACACUUUUACACUGUUGGUGGGACUGUAAACUAGUUCAACCAUUGUGGAAGUCAGUGUGGCAAUUCCUCAGGGAUCUAGAACUAGAAAUACCAUUUGACCCAGCCAUCCCAUUACUGGGUAUAUACCCAAAGGACUAUAAAUCAUGCUGCUAUAAAGACACAUGCACACGUAUGUUUAUUGCGGCACUAUUCACAAUAGCAAAGAGUUGGAACCAACCCAAAUGUCCAACAACGAUAGACUGGAUUAAGAAAAUGUGGCACAUAUACACCAUGGAAUACUAUGCAGCCAUAAAAAAGGAUGAGUUCAUGUCCUUUGUAGGGACAUGGAUGAAACUGGAAAACAUCAUUCUCAGUAAACUAUCGCAAGGACAAAAAACCAAACACCGCAUGUUCUCACUCAUAGGUGGGAAUUGAACAAUGAGAACUCAUGGACACAGGAAGGGGAACAUCACACUCCGGGGACUGUUGUGGGGUUGGGGGAGGGGGGAGGGACAGCAUUAGGAGAUAUACCUAAUGCUAAAUGACGAGUUAAUUGGUGCAGGAAAUCAACAUGGCACGUGGAUGCAUAUGUAGCAAACCUGCACAUUGUGCACAUGUACCCUAAAACCUAAAGUAUAAUAAUAAAAAAAAAAAAGCCAAACAAAAAUUUGGAAGAAUGAUAAAGGA